ACUGCAAGAUUUUGAUUGAGUCAUCAUUUCUUCAUAGAUAAUUUAAAGCUUUACGUCAGCAAACCAAGCAAUUAUCUUAAAAAAAGUUCAGAAUGUAUUACAACCGUCUCCAAUAAAAAUAGAAAUAGUUUGGUAUUCAGAGAUGUCUUAAAAUUGUUUUUAUUUUUUAAAAGGAAAGUGUAUCCACCGAACAAUUCCCAUUUAACCUGCAGAAUCUGACCUUGGGAAACAUGCGAAAAAUGCUGCUACCUGAUCAGAUUAUCAACGAAAUGUAGAAUGCAUCCUCAUUGAAUAAUCUCAAGAAAAUGAAAAGAAAUUUCAAUAAUUACUAUUUUUUUAUUGCACAAAUCUCAUGGAUUUGGCUGUCCUAAGUCCGAAUAUGCAUUCAUUUUGAUCCAGAAUGGUAUGUUUUCUAAGAAUGAAGUUAUCUCCUUCAAACAAGCUGCGAUCUAAAAAUUAAAAAAAUAAUUAAAAUAAUUAAUAAUUCAUAAAAACUACAUUCAUAAGUGAGAAGAAAAACUUAUUCUUUUUCCCAGUGAGACGCUUUUUUUUUACAUUUUCGCUUGUAUGAAACCUCUGGAAGGUCUAACUGAGCGAACAACAGUAGUCUACAACCAUUGAAACGCUCCUUAUUCACUCAUAUUUUCUUUCAAACUCUUCAAUAUUUUGAUGACAAGUUUCCCAUUUCUCUUUACUCUCAUCACCUAAAUUCGCCAGAAAGAAGUCGAGAUGGUUAUGUAGAACUUUUAAUUCAAAACUGUUUAGGAAAUAUAAACUUUGAAAAGAUUUUAAUAUAAUUUGAACGAAUUCUGUAUCAAGCAAGCCAUCCCUCGGUUAAAGAAUCUGUCACGGUUGUGCUGAAUUUUAAACAUCCAUAAGCUGCCAAAUACAUUGUCCAACGCUGAGAUCUUCUUUUAACUAUGAAGCAGUUUCUAUCUACUGGAAGGGGAGACACCGAAGAUACAGGCAGCACGUUCUUUCCGCCAACAUUCAGUCCAGCGGCUUAUUAGCUCUCUAGUAUACCAUUGACAGAAAGAUGCAACUUUGUUGGUUAUUACUCGCUGUGGCGGCAUUGCUAAUGCCAAUUACAUCCAACGCUUUCAACAUAUUAUUUAUGGGACCCUUUCCAGCGCCCAGUCAUUGGAUGUGGUUGGAGCACUUCUUGCGCGAACUCCUACAGCGCGGUCAUCAUGUGACAGCUGUGACAAAUCACCGCGCUAAAUAUCAACAUGAAAAUCUGACGGAGAUCAUAAUCGAUCCACCAUUCGAUAUACCCUACUAUUUUCCUAAAGAGAAUAUAUUCAAAAUGCGUUUCGCCAGCGAUUUUCAGAAUCUACAAAUGUGGUGGCAUGUGGGUCUCCUAACCACCGAACAUGCGCUCAACGAUCCCAAAGUCAAAUCACUGAUCGCGAGUAAAAAUUUGGAUUUCGAUUUAAUGGUUAUGGAGCAAUUUUUCCACGAGAGUUUUCUGAUGUUUGCGCAUAAAUUCAAAUGUCCCAUCGCGACGUUGGGUACAAUGGGUUAUGCUGAUAAUAUGGAUCAUACGAUGGGUUUGCUCACACCCUGGGCUGUCAUACCACAUCUUCUACUGUCGCAUACAGAUCAAAUGAGCUUUACCCAACGUGCCUACAAUACGUAUUUAUCACUGUAUGAUGCCGUCAUGAGACGUUGGUAUUAUAUGCCGAAAAUGCAAGAGAUGGCGGAGAGACAUUUUAGUGGUCUCAUUGAGGGUCCACUGCCGCAUGUACGUCAGUUGGAGAAGAACAUUUCGUUGAUGUUGAUAAACAGUCAUCGCAGUUUGGAUGUGCCGCGACCUAGCAUGCCGGGUUUGAUAAAUGUUGGCGGCAUACAUAUAAAGACACCAAAGCCUCUACCGCAAGAUUUGCAGAAUUACCUGGAUAACUCCACACACGGCGUCGUCUACUUCAGCCUGGGUUCUUACAUGAAAAGUAUCGACAUGCCCAAGGAGAAAAUCAAUCUUAUACUCAGCGCCUUCAGUCAACUCAAACAAGAUGUUCUCUGGAAAUUUGAAAACUCAUCCGUUGGACACCUGCCGCCGAAUGUGAAGAUACAAAGUUGGUUGCCACAAAACGAUAUACUUGCACACCCUAAUGUAAAGGUCUUCAUCACACACGGUGGCAUCUUUGGCACACAAGAAGGCAUACACUGGGGUGUGCCCAUGUUGAGCAUACCACUCUAUGGCGACCAACAUCGUAACACCAUCAAGUCGGUGCGAGCAGGCUAUGCGCGCACACUCAAUUUUGGCACAAUGUCUAGUGAGGAUUUGGUACAGAAUAUUAAGCUGCUCAUAAGCGAUCCGAGUUACAAGCAGAAGGCGUUGGAUGCUUCGCGCAAGUUUAGAGAUAAUCCUCUACAUCCCUUGGACGAGGCCACCUUCUGGAUGGAAUACAUUGCUAGGCAUAAGGGUGCGCCACACUUGAAGUCUUAUGGCGCUUAUAUGCCGCUCUAUCAGUAUCUGCUCUUGGAUGUGUUUGGUUGUGCGCUUCUGGUUGUCAUUUUGGCGUUUUGGUUGCCAUUGAAGGUCUUAAGGUUGUUGGGUAGACUUCUGCAGCGGAAAGGUGCGGAGGUGUCGCGUAAAAAGCGUCAAUAAAACUGUGAUUUUGAAAUUUUCUAUGAAAAUAAUUUUAGUUUUUAAAUAUAGCGUCGUAAGUGUAAAUAUGUUAAUUUAAGAAUUACUUUUAACAGAAAUCAAUAAAAAUUUAAUUAGAAAGUA